UGCAUCAGUUCAAUCGAAUUUUUCAAAAAUACUCCGUUACGAAUUUAUUUCUAAAAUUAUGAAUUUAAUAAUUGUUAGUAUAGUUAUAGCUUUAUUUUUAACUUAUAUAUUUAAGGUAAAAAGACGGCGUGAUAUAGGAAGAAAAAUACAAGGACCACGUUAUGUACCACUUAUCGGAUACGUUCCAUUAUAUUUUGUAUCAUUUGAAGAAACCUUACCACUUUUAUGUAGACUACAAUCACAAUUUGAACGUUUCUUUAAAGUAUGGAUUGGACCUGAAUUUUGGUUUGUUGUUUAUGAUCCAAAAUUAACAGAACAUAUUUUAACAGAUCAAAAAUUAAAGAAAUCCAAUGAUUACAAAUUUCUUAAACCAUGGAUUGGAAAUGGUUUAUUAACAAACGAAGGAAAAUCAUGGUUUGCUAAAAGAAAAACAAUAACACCGGCAUUUCAUUUUACAAUUUUAGAAAGUUUCAUUGAGAUUUUUAAUAAUCAUUCAGAAAUUUUAAUGAAGAAAUUUGUGACAGAUGAAAUUAUUAAUGUUACUCCUCAUUUAUUAUUGUCCGCUUUUAAUAUUAUUUGUGAAACAUCAAUGGGAACACAAACCAAUACUGAAGAACAAUUUACAUCCGAAUAUAUAAAAGCUGUACGUGAUGUCGCAGAAAUUUGUUAUAAAAGAAUGUUUAAUCCUUUAUUACAAUCAGAUUUUAUAUUUUGGUGUUUGAAGGAUUAUAAAAUUUUUUAUAAUAGUCUAGAUACUAUUGAUAAAGUAACUCAAGCUGUAAUUAAUGAACGAAGAGAAUAUUUUCAAAAAGAUAGAGUUGAAACUGAAAAUUUUGAAAAUCCAAUAGAAUCUUUUGAUACAAAUAAAAAGCGGAAAGCAUUAUUAGAUAUUCUUUUAACUGCAACAGUUGAUGGUAAACCAUUAAGUGAUGCUGAAAUUAAAGAUGAAGUUAAUACAUUUUUAUUUGCGGGUCACGAUACAACAGCUUCAACAUUAAGUUUUCUACUUUAUAAUAUUGCAAAAUAUAAAGAUGUUCAAGAGAAAAUUUAUGAUGAAAUUGAAAAAGAAUUAUUUGAAAAUGGUGUAAUAAAAAAACUAACCAUUAAUAAAUUAAAUAAUUUAACAUAUUUGGAUUUAGUUAUAAAAGAAUCAAUGAGAUUUCAUGUUACAGUACCAUUUAUUGGUAGACAAACUGAAGGUGAAUAUCAAUUGGAUAAUGUUUUAUUGCCGGAUAAUACAAAUUUAACACUUUAUAUGUAUGGUAUGUGCCACGAUCAUAAUUUAUUCCCAGAACCAGAGAAAUUUAUACCGGAACGUUUUGCAACAAAUUAUACUACCAAAGAAUUUAAUCCAUUUUCUUAUAUACCAUUUUCAGCUGGUCACAGAAAUUGUAUUGGACAAAAAUUUGCUCUUUUAGAAAUGAAAACAAUAGUAGUGAAAAUUUUAGAAAAAUUUGAAAUUUCUUUAGCAUAUCCAAAUAAAGAAUUGAUUUUAAUAGCUGGUAUGAUUUUGAAAGCUAAAGAUGAUAUUUCUAAACCAGAUCGCAGCAAAAUUAGUAAAAAGAUUUAUUGA